AAAAUUGAAAGAAACUAGAUUUUUUUCUUCUCAGAUAUUUUUUAAUUUACAUUGUUUCCAACUUUGGUAAACAGGAGUGAUGCGGAAUCCCUUUACUUGGAGGACGAUUAUGCACUUCGAGGAUCUGGCAGACAAUGGGCAAUUUUCACUUUAUCGACGGCAUAGAAAGCUACUGGAAAGGUGGGCCAAAACAAGGCCGCAGUAUCAAGAUCUAGUCGCCAUGAUACUGCUCGAGGAAGGUGUAGCUUGUUUAAUCCAACACAGACUGGAGGAGGCAGUCGACCUUGCUAAAAGAGCCUGCCGCUUGUCUUCGUACUACAGCUGUGUGAAUGACCGUGUCAUCCGGGGCUACGCAUCUGCUGUGUAUGCUGCCGCUGACAGAUUUGCUGGCAAUCAAGAUGGUGCCGAAGAGCGCAUCGUGGAGGCUUUGGAGAUAUUUGAACCAAUGGAACCGUCUACAUACACUUCAAUCGCGCUCUACAACAUCGGGGCUAUAAUCAUGGAAAGGUCUGCCAGUGUGGGUGUAAGUGCAGUUGAAGAACGGGAAGCAGUGUGUUUCCUCGAGAAAGCAGCACAACACUGGAGCCAUCAACAACUAAACACAACAGCUCGCGUGCUUCCUCGAAUAUAUAACAGAUUGAUCUCCCUUUAUCUCAAGUCCUCACCAAACUGCGCACCCGACCUGAACCUUGCGGUAUCCCAAGACAACUUAACCCGUGCUGGUGCCAUCAUCACUCGAUAUCACAGCCUGUUCUCUCACUGUUCGAAUUGGAUGGACAGUACCUUUUACCUUGGCAAGACAGACCACUGCAUCAGGUCAAGGGAUAUCGACGGUGGUCUCACGGCUGCCCAACAAGCUCUGGAUAUUUCUGUGCAGUCCAAAUUUGUAAGAGAGACAACAGGAGCAAUAGAACGAAUAAAUCUACUAAGGGAGCUUGAUGACCUCAGACGACGACCACCAGAAUUGCCUGACCGCCUGUAGACACUAUUCAUCCCAUAAUGUGGGGGUGAAGUUCAAUCUGGAAGUAAAAGGACGAUCUCACUAUGACAUUCUUGUGUGGGAUACCUGUGGUAUCCCACACUAUUGUCAACGGCUCCUGUCCGUUAAUGCAAAUGAGUUUGUGUCCCAUACAUGUACCCUUUGGGUACCUAGUUUUAUUCACAGUAAUCGUGACAACAGUCGACUGAUCGGAGAAGUUUAUAACGUGCCACAACGAACUUUAUUGACAAGUCACUCGACAGUGGCGAGCUUUAGUCAAGCCUCGGCGGCAACGGCAACAGAAAAGUCACUAACAAAAACGGAGUGGCGAUGCGCAAGCGUAAUAAAUAUUGCCGAGUUAAUUUCUUUAGCCUUCCUAUGCAACGCGAACUCAUCAAAUUCCUUG